GCCAGGCCUGUGCUUGUGCGCCAGCCAGGCCCUCGGCCCCGCUCCCAGCGGCCUGAGCCCUCACUCCGUCCCGCUCCUCAGGGCUGGGGGUGCGUCGCCGCUGGUCCCUGCCCGUGGCACGGGUUUGGUGCGGAGGUGGACAACUGAUGGAACAUUCCACUGGGAAGAAUAAAACUGUUCUUAGAAGAUAGUUUGCACAGAUUACACUGAGACCCGCACGGAGAAAUCUCUCAACCAAGAGUGACUGGGAACACUUGGACUCCUGAAUGACUGCUUGAGGCCUUGGAAGGAAAGCAUUAAGACUUUACAUUUCACAGUCAGUUCUGUUCAGCAACUAUGGAAAUAGAAAAGGAGCACAUUUAUAUCACCCCAACAGAACUUGAGAAUCUAAAUGAUGCUCCAUUUUCUGGUGAUGAAGAAAAUGGUGGAUCUGAGGAACGAAAAACUGAAAUCAAUGGAAAUUGGAUUCCUGCAACUUCAAUUACUGAAGCCAAAAUAAAUGCUAAAGCGAAGAGACGGUUGAGGAAAAACUCUUCUAGAGAUUCUGGGAGAGGAGACUCUGUUAGUGAGAAUGGAGAGACACUGAAGAUUGGAGUUGUACCAACGAGCCCAAAGGGGAAACUCCUGGACAGGCGAUCCCGGUCUGGAAAGGGCAGAGGUCUGCCAAAGAAAGGUGGAGCAGGUGGUAAAGGAGUCUGGGGGACACCAGGUCAAGUGUAUGAUGUGGAAGAAGUAGAUAUUAAAGAUCCUAAUUAUGAUGAUGACCAGGAGAACUGUGUCUAUGAAACAGUAGUUUUACCUCUGGAUGAAAGAGCAUUUGAAAAAACUUUAACACCGAUCAUACAGGAGUAUUUUGAACAUGGAGAUACUAACGAAGUUUCGGUAUGUUACAUGCCUUUUUAUUUCUUUGUUUUAGGUGGCAAACCUGUAGCAUACAGGGUAAUCCAGUUGCUAGCUGUAAAUGAGUUUAUAGAGAAAUUGGCAAGAAAUGCCAUUGUGCUGGUUUUGGAGUCAACUGGAGAAAAGACCUUUCAAAUGAUACUGGAUUUGUUGAAGACUCUCUGGAAGUCGUCUGUCAUUACUGUGGACCAAAUGAAAAGAGGCUAUGAACGAGUUUACUGUGAAAUCCCAGACAUUAACCUGGAUGUGCCACACUCCUAUUCCGUGCUUGAGCGGUUUGUAGAGGAAUGCUUUCAGGCUGGAAUAAUCUCCAAACCACUGAGAGACCUCUGCCCUUCAAGGGGCAGAAAGCGUUUCGUGAGCGAAGGAGAUGGAGGUCGUCUUAAGCUGGAAAGCUACUGAAUGUGAGAACUGACUCCUGAAGCCUUACAAGUUUAAAGGGAACAUAGCUAGCUGUCUAUAUAUACAAACACGCAUGCUUCUUCCGUGUGUGUAUGUAUAUAUGUAUACACAUAUAUAAUAUACCAAAUCUGAGAGUUGCUUAGCACAGUUCGUAUUUUUUUAAAAGCACAUGUUUCGGGUACAAAUUGUUUUUUUGGUUUUGUUUUGUUGUUUUGGGGUUUUUUUGUUUUUGUUUUGUUUUUUUUUUUUUUAAUAGUUUUGUAAAUUUCAGAAAGAAGUGUUCUUUCUUUGGGCAUAAUAGUAGAACAACUGGCCACUGCUGUGGUGGUGCCUUCAAAUAAGCUAUCUCUGUACGUGCCAUGUUUAUGACCUAAUCAUUCCCCAUGUGCAUCCAUGUCCGACUGCUGCGCGCUCUUUCCAGGACAGUGCUGUCAUCAUAAAAAUCACUGUUUAUACUAAGCUUUAUAGAAGGGUCAAGUUGAGCUGCUGUGAUCCCAUUUCCAUUGCUGCUGAAGAAAUACUGUGCUUUGGGAGGAAAAAAAAAUAGAAGUUUCUUUGUUUUAAAGAGCCCAAGAAAAUAAAGAGUUGGAUCAUAAAGAUAAAUUCAUCUUUUUCAGGGGAGAACACUGGUUGGUUUCACCCCC